GCCCAACUAAUCAAAGCCUAGGGUUUACCUCCCUUAUAAGAUCUCGUCUCCUACCCCCCGCGCCUCCACCUCCACACCUCCUCCGGCGGCGGCCACCUCGACGACCAGCCGCGCCUCCCUGCCGCGGCAGCCAUGGUGCACGUCAGCUUCUACCGCAACUAUGGGAAGACUUUCAAGAAGCCAAGGCGUCCUUAUGAGAAGGAACGUCUUGAUGCUGAGCUGAAACUGGUUGGUGAGUAUGGCCUGAGGUGCAAGCGUGAGCUGUGGCGCGUGCAGUAUGCCCUGAGCCGUAUCAGAAAUGCAGCCAGGGAGCUGCUCACCUUGGAUGAGAAGAACCCUCGCCGUAUCUUUGAGGGUGAGGCGCUCCUCCGCCGCAUGAACCGCUAUGGUCUCCUUGGUGAGGGUCAGAACAAGCUGGAUUACGUGCUUGCCCUCACUGUUGAGAACUUUCUCCAGCGCCGCCUCCAGACCAUCGUCUUCAAGAAUGGCAUGGCCAAGUCCAUCCACCAUGCUCGUGUCCUGAUCAGGCAGCGCCACAUCAGGGUGGGAAGGCAGCUCGUCAACAUUCCGUCAUUCAUGGUCAGGGUUGAAUCUGAGAAGCACAUCGACUUCUCGCUCACCAGCCCUCUGGGUGGCGGCCCUGCUGGAAGAGUGAAGAGAAAGAACCAGAAGAAGGCCUCAGGCGGUGGUGAUGACGGCGAGGACGAUGAAGAGUAAGGGCCUGUAGGAUUUUGCAACAGGAAUUGGUUGAGAUGCGAAAUGAACCUGGUUGGAAUUAGGUGUUGUUCCUGAGUUUUUGUGGUGAUUGAAUUCAGAAUCGGGCAAUGGUAGACAAUUUUGUGAUCCACUGACUAUCAUGUUUAAUUUCAAGCCAUGGCAUGUUUCGGACCUCAUGAACUGUAUGUUUGCGCUGGCUCUUUCCUUACUGGCCUUUUAAGCCAAGUUGACAACC